AUGGCUGCAGGGCGCUGGCUACGAAGAGUCUGCGUCUUGCAAGCAAUUUUAGGGGCAUACGCCGCAUAUUCUCCGAUUCGGGACUACAGCGGUUCGACCUUUUUUGAUCACUGGACUUUUUUCGACCAGACAGAUGCUGGGUUAACGAACGGCGAUGUUCAAUUCUUGGGACAAUCAGCCGCUACUUCGCAACGACUGGCAUUCACGAACGGCGCUGGUAAUACAAUUAUCAAGGUGGACAACUCGUCUACCGUCGUUUGGCCAAACAAACGGAAUUCGAUUCGGCUCGAGGGCAAUGAGGCCUAUGGUGUUGGCAGUCUAAUAAUAAUCGAUAUCGUCCACAUGCCCUUUGGAUGCUCUGUCUGGCCAGCAUUCUGGACACGAGGUACGAACGGCAAGUGGCCUGAUGUAGGAGAAAUCGAUAUUAUCGAAGGCGUGAACCGACGAACUUUCAACCAAAUGGCCCUGCAUACGACUCCCGGCUGUGUUCAGGCCGCCAAUGCGACGCAGACGGGGAAAUCGACGAUCACGGAUUGUUCAACUCAGCAAGGAGUCCCCGGCUGCGUUGUCCAGGAACAAAAGCCAGCCAGCUAUGGCACCGCCUUCAAUGCCGCUGGGGGCGGAGUGUUUGCUACCCAAAUCGACGUGUCUGGGAUAUUUAUAUGGUUCUUCAGUCGCCCUGACCUACCAGAGAAUCUGCGAAGUGCCACGGCGUCUUCAUCGCUCGAUACUUCUUCUUGGGGCACGCCUUCAGCCGCGUGGCCGUCGUCCAGCUGCAAGAUUGAAGACCAUUUCACCCCGCAACAAAUCAUCUUGGACCUCACACUUUGUGGCGACUUCGCCACUCCUGUCUACAACCAGACAUGUCCCCCGCCCACGAAGAAUUGCUACGAGGAUAACGUGCUUGGCGACGGAAGCAACUACAACGAGGCGUACUUCGAAAUUCCUUACAUCCGGGUUUAUAAUGCGGACGCUGCUGCAACUCCUACUACGGUUUCGUCGGGUUCCGCUCCCACAUUUUCCGGAACCUCUGGCCCGGGCUCUGGUGGUGCCGCAGGUUCUGGCAACUCCACUUCUGAUACGUCUGGAGGCAAUACGAACAACAACAGCGCCUUGCCUCACUCCCUUCCAAGUGGCUUCUUGAUUUUCACAAGUCUGGCACUCGUUGGUGCUGCCUCGUCUGUCUUUGUUCUGUAA